GCACCUUACUGCAUUCCGGACACACCAGGAGGAAGUUCUGCACUUCUGAGCAACUUUACUCCAAACUGAUCAACAGGGUUUCGUUCUUCCUACAACCAUGUGGCUCCUGGAGAAGAUCCGCGGCUCUGUGGAGGGCAACGUUCUCCGUCAGCGCAACUCCGGGGACAACCAAUCCAAAGGACCCACACACAGCAACGUGCUCACGCCCGACAAGAUUCCAGACUUCUUCAUCCCACCGAAGUUGGUGUGUUGCCCCCCAGAAGCCGACACCCCUGAGACGAAGCCAAAGAAUGGCCUGCACUCCUCCACGUCUGAGCAGACCAUCUGCUGCAAGACGCCGCAGGGGGGCUCACGCAGCCCGCGCCUCAUGUGCAAGCUGACAGGAGACACCAAGAACCUUCUCAAGGCUGCCAACCGCCACAUCAUUCAGAUCGAGAGCGCGGAUGACUUAGCAUCGGGAGACGUAGGCAGUCUCACGACCAACGCGGACCCUCAGUCGCAAACGGCCAUGUCUCUGCCGUACGUACCCAAAGCGCAGACGUCCUAUGGCUUCACCACACUCAUGGAGAGCCCUCAUACACGCCGCAAAGAGUCUCUCUUUCACAGCGACCCUAUUAGCCCGCUCACGUCUCCCAAUUCUCAGCGCAAGACCCAGACAAACAGCAACCACCUGAACCCAGGCGCCUGCAACGUCUCACAUAAUAACCCAUACCGGUAUUUCAGCGGCGGCGAGAGCGACACUUGCUCCUCAGCCGAGUCAUCGCCCUUCGGGUCACCUUUACUCUCCCGUUCCGCCUCGCUCCUAAGAACGUUCACGCACGAGACCCGGGCUAAAGUGUCGCGUGCCAAGCGCUCACUGGCCCGCCACAGCUCGCUCUCCACCGAUGACUGUAGCUCGGUGGAGACCAGCCCCAACAUCCAGCGUCGCUUCCGAUGCCCGCCAUCGCCCGCAUUCGCCGGGCGCAAAUCGGGAGCCAACGCCGAGCGCCUCACCCAGCACACCGUCAAACUGCACAAGAAAGGGAUGCUGCGACUCUGCACAGACUACGACACGGAGUCAGCGCGGCUCAGGGUGCGCGUGCUUUCCGCCGACGACCUGUACGACAGGCAGGUGGACACCAAGAGCAUCAACUGCUGCGUGUCGCUCUACUUGAACCCGGGCAAGCAGCAAAAGCAGAGAAGCAACAUUAUUAAAAACAGCCGCAAUCCGGUUUUCAACGAGGACUUUUUCUUCGACUCCUUGCCCGCCGCUCAGGUCAAGAACCUGGCCAUCAAGAUAAAAGUGGUGAACAAAGGAACCAGCCUGAAGAGGGACACGUUGCUUGGGGAGAGAGAGGUGCUCCUCAGGGAUCUGCUUCCUGGCAUUUAGUGCCAAACGUAACAGACCUCACUGUACUAAAGGUGCAGUAAGCUUAGGCUUGAUCCCAAGCACACAAAGUGUCGAGUAAAGCUUGUUUUUGACCUCCUUCCUGCUGCAAGAGGUCACCUUUAUCGUUUAAAUACUGAGAGUUUGAUAGCGAAGGUUUUGUUUGUGCAUGUGU